GAUGAUAAUAACGUUGCCUAAUCGUAAAAACGCAUUGUUCUUCUACUAAACCACUACUAGAAGAAAAGUUGUGAAGUAGUAUUACGCAGACUUGCAUGUGACUAUGCGACAGACAUCCCACAUCCUCUUCGGAACAUAUCUGCCUGAUAUGCGAGACAUAUGUCGCUGGUAUUACCAACGUUUAAAAGAUUUAUUACGGAAACCACACCGAAAUGGCACAUAAUUGUCUAUUGUGGCUAAUCACUGUAUAUGCAGUGGAGGGUUUUAAUAUUUACUCCAAGCCGAUUAAAACUUUUGAAGAAUUGAACAGCCCUUCCCUAGGGCAAUCUGUCCUUCAGUAUGAGGAUGGGAUCUUAGUUACUUCUCCCUUGGACAAUAUGAGCGACCAGCAGUAUGGUAGACUUUAUGACUGCAAGGUCUCGGCACAGUGUACUGAAGUCAGCCUCACAGCGAAAGAGAAAAGCUAUCGGAAACCUAUCAUAUCAGCAGCUAAAAGCUCAGAUGGAUCAACAUACCUGGUCUGUCAACAACACCGGACACGCAAGGCCACAAACGAAGAUCUGAAUGGAGUUUGCUCCCUCCUCAAGGCAGGCUUCCAGGAGAUUUCUGACAUUGCUCCUGCAUCACUCGUAGUGAAGCAGAUGAAAAGAAACAACACCAAUGCCAACAAACAAGAGGAUGAAUCCCUUUCAGUGAACUCCGGAUCCGCCCUUCAUCGGAGAAAGAGGGAGAGCAGUAACCAAGAGGAAGAGGAGGAUGAAGAUGCUGGGACAGAGAUUGCCUUUGUCUUGGAUGGUUCUGGAAGCAUUUCUGGAGAAGAUUUUGAAAGGGCAAAAGAAUUCGUAACUAAUGUGAUGAAAAACGUUUGGGAAACCUGCUUUGAUUGUAGAUUUGCACUUGUUCAAUAUGGAAAGGAUAUACGAACUGAACUCUCACUCAAAGAAAAUGAGAAACCUGAAUACGCAUUAAGAAAAGUUAGUGAUAUUCAGCAGAUCUACAACUACACAAAAACUGCUUCUGCUAUGUAUCACGUCCUUGAACAUGUCUUUGUUGCUGAAAAUGGAUCUAAAGAGAAUGCUAAGAAGAUCAUGAUUGUUCUGACAGAUGGAAAGAUAUUUCUAGACACAAUGAAUCUCUCAGAUGUUUUGAUGAUGCCAAAAAUGAAAGCUGUAACCCGAUUUGCUAUUGGGGUUGGUGCUGAUUUUAAUCAGACAAAGGCAGUAACUGAACUACAAGACAUUGCUUCAGACCCAGAUGAUGAGCAUUUAUUUAAGGUUGAUAACUAUGCAGCUUUGGAUGGCAUACUCUCCUUGCUUGAAAAAAGCAUCACUGGAAUAGAAGGGACACAGCAGGGAGCAGCCUUCCUCUUCGAGCUUUCCGAAGCUGGGUUCAGCAUUGAUUUUGCGAUCGAUGGCACUGUUCUUUUCGGCGCAGUGGGGGCAUACGACUGGAAUGGUGGCUUAAUUAUAAAAAACCCAGAUGACACAAUAAGGUUUCUAAACGAAUCAUCGACAAAAGAAAAAUUAUCCUACUUAGGCUACAGUGUAGCAGCUGUGAAGGGAGUCAGUGGCAGUCUGUAUGUGUCGGGAGCCCCUCGUCACAGUUUCUCAGGCAGUGUGCUGGUCUUCAAUGGGACUUCUCAUGCAGCACAGCAGACACUGUCCGGAGAGCAGGUGGGCUCUUAUUUUGGUGCUGAGCUUUGUGUUCUUGAUACCGAUAAAAAUGGCAUCACAGACCACCUCUUAAUUGGAGCUCCACUGUUUCACCAAAAAGGAGAAGAAGGCAAAGUUUAUGUCUACAGACUGAGCCAGGGGCUCUUCAUCAAGGAAUCGGAAUGGCGGGGAAUGAACAGAUAUACCUUUGCCAGGUUCGGAUCAGCGAUUGCCAACAUCGGGGACAUCGACGACAACGGCUACAACGACAUUGCAGUUGGAGCUCCAAUGGAAGGAGACGGAAAAUCAGGGAGCAUCUACAUUUACAACGGCUAUGAAAAUGGGAUCAAGGACCAUCACUCGCAGAGAAUAGCAGCGGCUGAUUUCGAUGUGAAGCUACGAUUCUUCGGUCAGUCAGUGAGUGGGAUGUCCGACCUGGAUAAAGAUGGACAAAUAGAUAUCAGUGUGGGAAGCCUGGGGAAGGUCACUGUAUUGAGCUCACUGCCUGUCAUCGUCUUCAAACCUCAAGUAACGUUAGACCCUCCAUACAUUUCCCUGAAUAAGCAAAGUGGUCAGGAUUCUAAAAAGAUUUCUGCAAAAAUCUGCUUUAACUCAGUUAAAAGAGAGAUUAAGAAAAAAACAGAGGAACUACCCAUUCACUACCACCUGGUCCUCGACCCAAACAAAGAGAAAAAACGACUGUCUUUUGCGAACGGUGAUCCCAAAUCCAUUUCUGGUAUUUUCAAACUCACUAACACAAUGGAAUGCUUGCCCGACAUCCUUCUACAGUUCCUGGAAUGCGCCGAUGAUUGUUUCUCACCUGUAGAGAUUAAACUCAAUUUCACUCUAAACCUCUCUUCUGAGAGCCGUCCACUCAGAGUUCUCGAUAUGCUCAGUCCCAAUGAGAUCUCCCAGCAGCUUCCCUUUGAAACAAACUGUGGAACGGACAAGAUAUGCACUGCAAACAUCACCUUGUCAACAAGCUUGCCCCAGGAUAAAACACUGGUUAUUGGAUCUACUAAGGAUCUCAGCUUAGGCUUUAACAUGAAGAACAUCGGAGAAGACUCCCACAUGACCAUACUGGUUUUAACUUAUCCCCAUUUCCUUCAGUACAACAAGCUGUCCUUGUUAACGGAGAAUAAGGGCAUUUCCUGUGCAAAUCCAGUUGAUAACACAAAACUGACUUGUCAAAUACGAUAUCCAGUUAUGAAGGCGCAAAGUGAAGUCAAUUUCACCAUCUCCUGGCAGAUAGAAGAGUCUCAUAAAAUACAGGAAAACAGCACCCAAAUCACUGCUAACAUUACAUGUGAAAAUAAUGGUCUCCAAGUGCUGACUGAAGAAACCUACCGAUUUGCAGUUAAAAACGCCCUUAAAGUCAGCCUUACUGGGAAGGCUAAACCAGCUUACAUACAUGUGACUGAAGAGUCAAUGGGCAAAAAGCAGGAGCUGGAAUACCUGUUCCAGAUACAUGGAGAAAACAGGUACAAUGCUAACAUUGUUGUGAACAUCGACAUUCCACUGAAAGAGAGAGACACACAGGUGACCAUUGUGAGCUACAAAGCGAGGCACACAACAAACUGCAGCGCUCAACCUCAAGAUAAUGGAAAGACUUACAGACUUACCUGCACCGUGCAAGAACUGGACGAGCUCUUGACUGUGGAAGCAUCGGUGGCUGUUAUCAGCAUAAAGGAUCAGCGGGAAAAUCUAACAGCUAGAGCUUUUCUUAGUUUUGACUCCGCUCAGUACGAGGCAGACGAAGGAGGACGAUAUGAAGAGGUGCUGGUGACCAUUGAGAAGCUGACUGUGGUGAAGUCGAUGGCUGUGAUUGUCGGGAGCUCUAUCGGGGGCUUUGUCUUCCUGGCCUUUUUAAUCCUCAUCCUAAUAAAGUGUGGCUUUUUCCGAAGACGCUAUCAAAAAGCACGAGUGGAGCAGAAGAGUGACCAAGAUAUGUAACUCAGUGAAAUGUGUCAAAUUUGUCUUUAAAUAUGUCUUUUAGUUGUUAAGAGCUAAGCAAAUGGGAACACUAUGCUGUAGGGCCUGUGUGGUUUUUUUAAACUGUAGAUUGACAGCUGAAGUGUAUCACAACACACAUUUGACACAGUUUUGUACUGGGGAAAAAAGAAAAAAGCUUAGCUUUCUCUCAGGGAUUGCAUUUUUAAAUUACAGUAGGGUCUCCAUAUCUGCAAAUUUAACAUUCGCGAACUCCCUUAUUCAUGAUUCGGUCUGGCUGACAAGGUCUUGGAUGCAAAAAAAACCUGAGCUGGAGGUGGUUAAGUGCAACUUUCAAAUGAAGUGUGCCACAGACUAAGAUUGUGAGCUGAACUGAGCGUGUUAGUGAGUCUCUCCCUUCCCCCUACGCAAGUACCAAGUUUUAGUUGAUCAAUGGUUCUUCAUUAAAUUAAAGCCAAUGCAUUAGUACUUUAAUUAUCAUAUAAGGGAAGGUUACUUAUGUGUUUAACCAUAUGUACUAUAUACUGUAGUACGUUAUGCAACAGUGUAGGGGUGGGCUUGAGUACAUGUUGC